AAAAGAUCGACUAUACUUCAACAAAAGAUCAAGAGAUCACCAUCAUCAAUUAUUAAGGGAAAGAUCUCAAAUGGCACCAGUCGGACUGCCUCCUGGUUUUAGGUUUCAUCCGACUGACGAAGAGCUUGUAAAUUAUUAUCUCAAGAGGAAAAUCAAUUGCCAAGAAAUUGAACUCGACAUUAUUCCUGAAGUUGAUCUCUACAAAUGUGAACCAUGGGAAUUAGCAGAAAAAUCAUUUUUGCCGAGUAGAGACCCAGAAUGGUAUUUUUUUGGACCCAGAGAUAGAAAAUACCCAAAUGGAUACAGAACAAACAGAGCAACUCGAGCUGGAUAUUGGAAAUCCACUGGAAAAGACAGGAGGGUAACAUGCCAGAACCGACCCAUUGGAAUGAAGAAGACAUUGGUUUACUACCGAGGGAGAGCUCCUCAGGGGAUUAGAACUGAUUGGGUCAUGCAUGAAUAUCGCCUCGAGGACAAGGAGUUCGAAGACACCUCGGGAAUUCAGGAUACGUAUGCACUCUGUCGCGUGUUCAAGAAAAAUGGAAUCUGCUCUGAAAUUGAUCAAGAGCAAGCGCCUGGGCAAAGUAGCAGUUUAUCAUUAGUACUUGAGAGCUCACAAGCUGGUCAUGUAAUGAAUGACCAUAAUGAAUUAACCAUGUCCCCAGAUGUAACCAUGGCAUCUUCAUCAUGCUGCAUGGAUCAUCAUCAUCAUCAUCAUCAUCAGGAAGAAAAAGAUGAUUCGUGGAUGCAGUUCAUCAAGGACGAUGCAUGGUACUGUUCUUCUAAUAACGUAGCCACGGGUACUACUGGCGGUGAAGAAGUUUGUCCCAUGGCUUUCACAAACUAAUU